AAUUCAUUCGAAAUUGCAUCGUGACCUGAAAACCAAUAUGUUGAAAUUGAAACUGCAAAAUGAGUUAUAGCUAAUGCCCCACUGCAACUGCUUAUAAAUACCACCACCUUCCUUCAUAGCUCCACACAACUCUCUCUCUCUCUCAUCAUCUCAACUUGCGCUUUUGAACUUCAUUUUUAAAAAAAAAAUCUCCAAUCCAAAUUUCAAGACAAAGAAAAUGGCUUUUAAGUUAGGCAUUUUCAUGCUCUGUGUAGCAGCUUUGAUGCUUGUUUUACUAGAAGCAAACCAGGCCUCUACUGUGGAAACACCAGCAUUGCAACAACAAGAGAAUUACCAACCAUAUGGUACUACCCAAGGCAGCCUUCGUCCUCAAGAGUGCGGACCGCGGUGCACUACUCGGUGCUCGGCCACGGCAUACAAGAAGCCUUGUCUGUUUUUCUGCCAAAAGUGUUGUGCGAAGUGCUUGUGUGUGCCUCCUGGAACAUAUGGAAACAAGCAAGUUUGCCCUUGCUACAACAACUGGAAGACCAAGAGAGGAGGACCAAAAUGCCCCUAAUUAAAAUGAUACCUACUCUAAUUUCUGCAUUAUAUUGAUAAUAUAUAUAGUUAUAGCCAGGUUUUCUUAAUAUGUAAUAACCUUCGAAACCAAUGAUCAAAAGGUCAAGGUUUGGGGGUUCAACUUAUUUAGCUAUGCUAUAAAUUUUAGUAACUUAUAUUUGGAUAAUGCAGUUAAUGCAAUGAAGGAAUAAUUAUAAAUGCAAA